ACCAUGAAAACAAACCAAAGCAAAUUUACGAAAAAAAAUUCUGUAAACAUGAUUACAUCAAAACAUUUACACGUCUCUCUGCCUUUCCCUCCAGACAGCGCAAUGAGCCUCUCGGAAAGAAGGAGAGACGUUGCUUUUGAUGCUUGUGGAAGACGUUAAAUCGAGCGUGAGCGUGAAACCGACAUGAGAUGCGUUGCAAAAUCUGUCUGGAUUGUGAGGAAAUGACCUGAGCUGAGAACAAGAAGAAGAUGCUGGUGAUGAUGGAGAGAAUCGGGGCGAUUCGGCUUUACCUUGUGAAAUGGAUUUGUCUACGCUGGGCUUGGGUUUGUGUGGCUGCCUGUGGCGGUAAAGUGGAGUUACACACAGAGAGGAGAGGAGUGAUCUACAGCCCAUCAUGGCCCCUCAAUUACCCGGCCGGAGUGAACUGCAGCUGGAAUAUACAGGGAAGCCGCGGAGAUGUGAUCACUAUCAGUUUUCACAGCUUUGAUGUGGAGGACACGGGGAACUGCAGGGGUGACUGGCUGCUGCUCGGCCCCACAUGGAAAGCUGAGUAUCGGUUAUGUGGCUCUGUUCUUCCUCCUCCCUUCAUCUCCUCCAGAGGACGAGUCUGGGUCUAUUUCCACUCUCAGGCUAACAGCUCUGGACAGUCACAAGGCUUCAGACUAUCUUACAUACGAGGUCGACUGGGUCAGAGCAGUUGUGAGAACGAUGAAUAUUUAUGUGGAAAUGGUAAGUGCAUUCCACGUUCCUGGCGCUGUAACGGAUUGGACGAGUGUGGAGACAAUACUGACGAAAGAAGCUGUGCUGCCCCACCAACACCCGCCCGGGUCAGUCUGUGUCCGCCUGGUACCUUGCAGUGCUCUGAUAUUCAAUCUACCCGCUGUCUGCCGGUGUCUCUGCGCUGUAAUGGAGCCCGGGACUGUCCUGAUGGAUCCGACGAGGCCCACUGUCCUGACACGUCCUGUGGAAAACGCUUAGUCAACUUCUACGGGACGUUUGCCUCACCUGAUUUUUUCCGUCCGAACAGGAGCGCUGGCACAGAUCUUCACUGCACGUGGUUCCUAGACACACAAGACCCAAAGCCGCUAGUGCUGCAGGUGGACCUUCAGCUGGGUGUGGGAGACUCUGUUCGUGUUUACGACGGAUUGGGAGAGCGUGCAGAACGUCUUCUGCAGAGUCUCUCUCAUCAUAAUAACCACAGACGAGCCCUGCUGGAGUCGUCCCAGGGACAGAUGAGCAUCUUCUACCGCGCAAAACCACACAGCCCUGGACACGGAUUCAACGCCACCUACCAGGUUAAGGGGUACUGCUUUCCAGGUGAGCAUCCAUGUGGCACAGACGAGGGCUGUUAUUCUGAACUGCAGCGCUGUGACGGUUACUGGCAUUGCCCUGGGGGACGAGAUGAGGAGGACUGCCCGCUGUGCCAGCCGGGAGAGUAUCCCUGCGAGGGUGGCAGUGGGGCGUGUUACUCAGCUUCUGAGAGGUGUAACAACCAGAAGAAGUGCCCCGAUGGCUCAGAUGAGAAAAACUGCUUUGACUGCCAGCCUGGAAAUUUUCACUGUGGAACCAACCUGUGCAUCUUUGAGACGUGGCGCUGCGAUGGGCAGGAAGACUGUCUCGAUGGCAGUGAUGAAAGAGACUGUCUUGCAUCCGUGCCCAGGAAGGUGAUCACAGCGGCUCUGAUUGGCAGCUUGGUCUGUGGGCUGCUACUGGUCAUUGCACUGGGUUGUGCCUUUAAACUCUAUUCGCUCAGGACAAGAGAGUACAGAGCUUUUGAAACCCAGAUGACCCGGCUAGAGGCAGAGUUUGUUCAGAGGGAGGCUCCACCCUCCUAUGGUCAACUGAUAGCUCAAGGUCUCAUACCUCCAGUUGAUGACUUCCCAGUGUACAACCCAACACAGGCAUCUGUUCUGCAGAAUCUCCGUUCAGCUAUGCGAAGGCAGAUUCGUCGUCACUCUUCGCGUCGCUCCUCGUCACGCCGGCGACUUGGCCGUCUGUGGAAUCGCCUGUUCCAUCGCGGCUCUCGGUUACGAGGUCAGAUACCUCUCCUCACGCCUCCUGGUCACACGCACACAAACACACACCCUGACCUGAGCCUCCACAGCUACAACACGACAGAAGAUGGCAUUGAGGAGUCACGUGAGAGUGCGGGACAGACUCCGCCACCUUGUUCGACAGUGGCGCUGGGACUGGCCUUGCAGGCUCACACUGAGGCCCUCUGUCUACCUGACAGAGAGUCUCCAUCCUCUCCUCUUUCACUACCCUCCCCCAACUCACCCCGCUCCAGCUCUGAUACCCUGGAGGACGAAGAUGAUGAAGAUGACAGAAGUUUAGAGGGGAUACGAAUGAGAUCCAAACAGGGCAUUUCCCCAAAACAUAAAGAUGAUGACAGUCCUCCUGGACCCCCCGAUAGCCCCAAACGCAGCACGAGCCGGUCGAGAUCCUCCAGACGGCUGGUGCAGGAACUGGCUGCGGAGCUCAGAGGAGUUUCUCUAUUACGUUACACCUCUGUGGGCAUCUCGCCGCUUUCCUCUCCUGAGUCGCCGACGUCCUCCAGCGGUCAGUCUGAGGAGCAGAGAAGCUUUUCUACAAUCAGAAAAUCACAUACAGACUCGCUCACAGAUGCUGACGGGCACACCGGGAAGUCUUCAGAAGCAGAAGAUGUUCCUGGUGACAGUGUCAGGCUUUGUAGACUCACAACUAGUGAAGAAGAAGAUGAUGAGACUCUGUUGCACUGAGAAGCCUUUAUCACCCUCCCUGUUCUGAUUUUGUGCCAACACAGUGAGCCUUACUAGGUUCAUCCAACAGCCUUCCAUCCAGAGUCAUAAAGUACUGUACGUUUACAUGCGCAGUUAUAAUCACGUCUUUUGUUGUCAAGCUACAGUCUUUAUCUAGGUAUACAUGAUGAAAUGCGUACGCAGAUAUUUGAAGGAAUAAAUAGACAGUUGAGCACCACCUUAUUUCAGUUAGACUAAAGCAUUUACAUGACAUUUUAAAAGAAAAGUAAUUGCUUUAGUUAGACUGAAAUUGAUCAAAGUGUAUGUAAAUAUACACUACAUUCAAAGGUUAUACCAGUAAUAUCCUCAGACUACUGGAGCUGUUGGCUGAUUUAGUUAUAAUCUAAAUCAACUUUUUUUUUCUUUGUAUUUAAGGUUUGUUUUGUUAGUCUGGCUGCCAGACUGUAAUAUCAUUGCAGGUCCACCACUGACAUGAAUUAAUGUUAAGAAGCUUUUUCCCCAUGUAAAAGACAGUGAGUCUUUCUUGAAGGGAAGCAGAACUCAGGGAUUGUAUAAUGGUUCAUGAGAGAGAAGCAGUUAACUUGGAUUUCCUUGUUAACAGCUGUAGUCUGUAGGUGUACUGAGAAGUACUGCUGCCUCAGUUGAGUUCUGAAGCCAUCAGGACAUCAAAGAGUCAUGGGAAAGUGACUCAGUAAUCACAUGUGUGUUUGAGCUCACACUGUUUCAUUUGCAUUCAUGCAUUUGGCACUUGAGAGACUUAUUUGCCAGUAAUAUUAUGUUGCUCUCCUAUCCGUGAAUGUAUGUAUGUUCUGUUAUUCAGUGUAGUGCCACAUCUUCUGUGCAAGUCAUACUUGCUGCUUUAGCACACUUGGUCUCGGUCCAAGCUUGGAAAGAAGAACUAAUCAAACUAAAAAGCUGGUUCCAUCACUGAAGGGUCAGUCUGUUCCUUCAUUUCAUUCUGUCUGCUGGCCGACUGCCUGGUUUUUCACACAUUUCCAUUGUCCAUGCUCAGACUGCAGGAUCUCUUGUCUGAUCCCAUAGGUUCAAGAAUGUGCCAUUUAAGAGAUUGAUGGAUUUUAUUGAAUCGCAGAUGUUUUAAUACACUGUGAAGCCUUUAGAUUCAGUGCCAUUAGAGAGGUCAUGCACUUUCUGUCUUGUCAUUUGUUGGGUUUAGUUGAAAUGACUGAAGAUUAAAGCACUGCUGAGAGACUUAACAUGCGGCGUACUUGUUUGACCUUUUUCAUAGUGUCCUUUAUGUUCUGUGGAAUUCAAGUGUUUCCCAUACAUUGAAUUAUCAAAAACUGACCGCCACAAACAGAUUUUCCAAAGGUUUUUGACUGAGCACUGCACGUUUUAUAAUCAAAAUGCUGCGCAGGUGUUUUAUAUGAAUGUAUCUUUGAAUGGAAACAACUACUCAGAAAAGCUUCAAUGUCAUUUUCAAUUCAUCUUACCUGAUAAAGUAGCAUUUGUGAGCGUCACCUGCUGGCAGAGAAUGAUUUUGCAUUUUCAAUCAGCCCAUCUGCUGGUUUUGUUCAGUCC